AUGUCGGACGCAAAUAUGGAAGAUCUUGAUCUGCCCAUUGCCAUUCGGCGCUCUCGUCGAAGCACACCAGCUGUUUCGAUCAAAGCUGAGGAGACAACCGAGACUAUUGUCCCCAAAACUCCCGGCCGAAGGAAGCGGAGAGUCCGCUUCUCCGACCCUGGUCCUUCAUCUGGGUUGACACCCAUGAUGCGCCGGACAGGAGUGGCUACGCCUCGGCGUCGACACUCGGGCACUCCUCUGCGCAACUCCAGCCCGGCCCCUUCGUCGACGGGCCAAUCCCGAACCGAUGCCAACCCUUUCCUGGCGCCGAUUCGCCAGACAAUUGAAGGCCGUGUUGAGAGAAAAGCAAGGCGAAGCAAAUUCCGCGACAUGAUCAACAAGAUGGAGCUGCAAAAGAAGAAGCUGGUGCAGUUCUCCCGGACCGAGAUUGACAAGCUCAAGAGCCAGAUGAAGUCCAAGGAUGCCGAAAUCCACGAGCUGCAGAACGCUACCAUUAUCAUUGACACUGAGCGGAUCUGGGACCUUGAGAAGCAGGUGGAGGAGCUGCAGCAUGAGCUCGAUCAGCGUGCCCCAACAGAGAUCAACGAGGGCCGCACAUAUGACUGGACAAUGGCUGCACGAGACCCAUUCACACAAGACGGGUACUUCGAUAUGGAUCUCGACGGUGACCACUUUGGUGACGCCACCCAGGCUCAGCUUCAAGUCGGCACUCCGUCGAGAGCUCGUUCAUCAUUCCCCACGCCACCAGCGACAAGUCCCGUUCCCAUGUCACCCUCUUCGCAAUUCUGUCGCGAACCACAGACACCAACUUCACAUGCGGCCGUUCAAGCGUGCUUCCCAGACCCUGAGCGCGAGGGCCUAGAAGAGCAAAUAUCUUCGCUGCAACUUGAACUCUCCAAACUCACAACUAUCUUGGAAUCAUACAAAAACUUCCAGACGCGCCUGAAGGACCGCCUGUCCGUUGCUGUUCCGGAGGCCAUGGACACAACGGUCUCGGGCGCAAGCUUGGACAGCAUUGAGCAGCAGAUUCUCCGCAUGUUGGAAGACAUGACAGAUCGUACUGCCGCUCUUGAACAGCUCUCGAAUAGCAUCGGUGAUAUUGGCUUCCCAGGAAAAGAUGCAGAGCAGAUGCUCGCGUCCAUUGUCUCGGGUUUCCGUGGCGCCAGACUCGAGCUUGAAUAUCUCACGCCAGGCGAAAUCACCUUGCCCCUCACGUCUCAUGGGGCAGAGGUUCUCGACUUGAUGCUGACAAACCUGCGCGAUCUCGCCAGGCGCGUCAAGGAGGGCGAGGACAGCAUCGACGAGUACCACGCAAUCGAGCAGUCUCUUCGCAAGCAGCUCGACGGCCGUGUCACCGCCAUGGAUCAGCUCAAAACACAGCUGGCCAGGGGCGAGAAGAUUAUCCGAGCGGCCGACACUCGCAUUCACGAGCUCGAAGUCGCCAACCAGAGGCUCAAGGGCGCCAUCGACACUUACGACCGCGACAUGAAGGAGCUUGAGAGGCUCGUGCAGAAGACGGACGAGGAAAAGACGGCGGUGGCAAAGGACCACGACGCUGAAAAGGAAAAGGAUGUCCAGAUCAUCGAGUCCAAGGACAAGGCCAUUGCAGAGCUGGAAGACAAGAUCAACGAGGCGGUCCGGCAAGCAGAGCAGCUGCUGCAGGACAUGUCGGACGAGCAGGACAAGCACACCCGGCACGUCGUCAAGCUCAACCAGUCGCACGGCCGCGGCCUCGCCCUCCGCGACGCGCGCGUCAUGGAGCUCCGCACCGAGAUUGACCGCGUCAACGAGUCCCUGCGCGAAUCGCACGACACCAUCCGCGCCCUGCGCGUCGAGAACGGCGGGCUCAAGUCCGAGAUGCGCGCGCAGCAGACAAAGGCCAAGGCGGCCAUGGACUCGAUGCAGGAGGAGCUUCAGCGCGUCCUGCAGAUGAGCCAGGACUUUCUGCACACGCCCAAGAGGAAGCGCCCCGCGAAUGGCGAUGGCAACGGCGAGGGCUGCUCCGGCGACGGGCCGGUCGUCCGCCCGGGCAGGCUGCUGAGCGGAGAGCUGGCGCGCCGCGCCUCGAGCACCAAGGGCCGCAGCAGACGCCCGGACAGCGGUGUCGGGCUGCUGGAGGAGGAGGAGUGCGACAUGUUUUGA